GCCCAGGCAGCACGUCCCAGCCCAGCUUGCAGCUGCCUGCCCAGCUGAGGGUGUCCUGGCUGCCCAUGGAUGGCAGCUGGGAGAGCUGAGGCUGGAGGGGAUUGAGCAAUGGCUCCGUGUCCAGCGUGGGAAGCGCGGUCCCUUCCAUCCAGCCCUGCCCUCUCUCCACACGCUGUUCCUGGCUCUCCUUUCUUUGGCAGAAAAUUCACAUUCUCAUCCCCUUUCUCCUCCCCUCGGCUGUGGCAGCUCCUUCCCAUCACUUCCCCUCUUCUCCUGCUGCCUGUGGGCUGAGGAGACUCGGCUGUGAAAACCAUCAGCCCAAAGGGAGAGCCGGGAGCUCCAGGAGGUGCUGCUGCUGCUGCCGGAGGACACGGGCAAGGUGUGUUCUCCAGAGCGCCUUUGGCUCUGCUCCAGCCCUGGCAUGGAGCCCGUGGCCCUGCAGAGCCUGUCCGAGCUGGAGAGGGCCAGUCUGCAGGAACUGGCGCUGUUCAGGCUGCAGGAGAGGCUGCCCGGGGGACACCUCAGCCUGGCCAGAGAUGUCUCCAAAGGCAUUAAAUCCAUCCGGCAGAAGCUGGAGAGCUUCUCCAAGGAGAGGAAAGACUGCUCUCCCCACACCUUCGGGGUGCCGCUGUGCCAGGUCAUUGCCCACGACCGCGCGUGCCGGCAGCUGCAGGAGGCCGUGGGCAGGAGCCGCCGGCUGUGCCUGCAGGUGGAGGCCACGGUGACGAGGUUCCGCGCUCAGAGGCACAGGAGGACGGGGAUGGGCAGCAGCUGCAUCCGAGCUCCCCACGGCGGCUUCCCAGAGGAGCCGCUCUGCCCGGCUCUCCUGGACAAGAGCUCCUGGAGCCAGCGCAGGGGGGCCAUGUCCGUGGAUUCCAUCACGGACCUGAGUGACAACGCGUCCGAGCUGCUGGAGGCCCUGCAGCUCUCACACCCCCACGAGCUGGACCCUCGCAGGAGCCGCGCCAAGAAGAAGCAGCUGAGCCUGAACCCCAUCACCUGGCAGGUGCCACGGAUCGUGGACAGGUGCUGCACACACCUGGAGACACACGGGCUCCAAACUGUCGGCAUCUUCCGUGUCGGGAGCUCCAGGAAAAGAGUCCAGCAGCUGAGGGAGGAUUUCGAUCAAGGGCUGGAUGUUUUCUUGGAUGAGCAUCAGAGUGUUCAUGAUGUGGCUGCCCUGCUCAAGGAGUUUCUCCGGGAUAUGCCCGAUUCCCUGAUUCCCAGAGAGCUCUACGGAGCCUUCCUGAGCACAGCCAGCAUGGAGGGGCCAGCCCAACUGGACACGCUGCAGCUGCUGCUGUUCCUGCUGCCCCCGUGCCACAGCGACACCCUGCUCCGGCUCCUGCGCUUCCUGGCCCGGGUGGCCCAGCACGCCCAGAGCUCCUGGGACCCCGAGGGCCGCGAGAUCCCUGGGAAUAAAAUGACAGUGUCAAACCUGGCUACGGUCUUUGGUCCCAACAUCCUGCAGAAGGAGAAGCCUGGAGAGAAAGAUGCCGGUGGCCUGAACUUUGAGGACAGUGCUGCCAUAAUCGUUGUGCUCCAGAGGCUGAUCGAGCACCACCACUCCCUGUUCAUGGUGUCCCCAGAGAUGCAGUGGGACGUGCUGAGGAGGCUGUUCCAGACAGACCCCGAUGUCAUCGAGUACCUGCUGUGCAGGAAGUUCCCUGACCUGCCGAGCCCAGAUCUUGAGGAUGGCAGGGAGCAGCAGGCUCCGUCCGCCGCGCCCGGCUGGACACGCAGCCUGGAGCGGGGCUCGGUGUCCUCGGGGCUCUACAGCAGCGUCUCCUUCCUAAACCUGGAUGUCGGCAUGUAGCGAGCCCCAGGACACCUCCAGGCAGCUUUUCCUGCAGAACCCAGCCCCUGGCUGAGCGUGGGGGCAGAGCUGCCCUCGGGGGUCCCUGCUACGCUCUGGGCUCUGCCCUCCCCGGCCACCUCCUCCUCCUGGGAAUGGAUCUCCAGCCCUGGCCCUGCGGGAAAUGGAGCUUCCCCUGGGCAGGACAGCUGGGGGAGCUGGGACUGCUCAGCCUGGAGAAAAGACGGCUCACAGGGACCUUAUCCAUGGAUCCAAGUGCUUCUGCAAGGGCCUGGCUGACAGGACACGGGGAACGGCUUCCCAGUGCUGGAGGGCAGGGCUAGGUGGGAAAUUCAGAGGAAUUCUUCUCUUUUGAGGGCACUGAGGCCCUGGCACAGGCAGGGACACCUCCCACUGCACCAGGCUGCUCCAAGCCCCGUCCAGCGUGGUCCUGAACACGUCCUGGGAUGGGGCAGCCACAGCAGGGCACUCCGAGGGGAAAAAACCCAGUACUUCUGCAAACAGUAUUCCAUAUUCCAGCACAGCCCUCAGCCUGGUCUGGAGGCACCCAGACCUCUGGUGCUCAGGGCUGGGCUCUGCUCCCUGCCCGGUGCUUGGGACGGGUGGGGAAGCGUUUCCCGUUGGAGCCUGUGCUGUGAGAUAGCUGCUGAGAGCUGGCAGCUGAUAAACUGCAGAGAGCAGCAGUGGAGUCUGGAGGAGCAGAUAAAUGUGGGGACACCGUGAGGCUGGGGGGGUCCAGAGGCCACCGGAACACUCGAGGUCAGCUGUGAACCCAGCUCUGUGUCCUGUCACUGCUCUGGGUGGGAUUGCAGCUGCUGCAAGGGCAGCCCCAGCCUUUCCAAUCCCUUCCUAGGGUGGAACAACACUGGCACAGGGUGCCCAGAGCAGCUGGGGCUGCCCCUGGAUCCCUGGCAGUGCCCAAGGCCAGGCUGGA